AUGCGGUUGGAAUCUUUAACAGUAUCUCUCCAAUUAUCAAUAACUCGUUUAAAAAAUCUGCAAAUUAAGAAAACUGAACUUUCCACACGAUCGAGACUAGAAAUUGCCGAACUUUUGAAAAAUGGGAAAACAAAUCGAGCAAGAAUUCGCGUCGAGUCCAUUUUGAGGGAAGACUACCUCAUAGAGUCAAUGGAAAUGACCGAGCUCUAUUGUGACCUAAUUCUCUCUCGGCUGGGUGUGUUAAGGGAGUCCAAGACUGUUCCUCCCCCUUUGGAGGAGGCAGUUGCCAGUGUCAUCUGGGCUAAGAAUUAUUUGGCAUGCGAUGUGCCUGAACUGAACAAAAUAUUUUCCAUUUUGACCAAAAAAUAUGGAGGAGAAUUUGUUAAAAUUUGUGCUGCUAACUCUGUUAAAAACGUUAACCCCGUCCUCGUCAGGAACCUUACUUACAGAGUCCCUGAUAAGCGGGUUGUCGAAAGUUACCUGGUGGAAAUAGCCAAAGCUGCCAAUAUCCCCUACGAACCUAACCCGGAAAUUGCGCUUUCGAAUAUUUCACAUCCCAGCAUUGGGUUCGACAUACUUAAUACUCCUUUCUUGACCAAUUCUGAACAAAAUUUUGAUGAUAAAGCAGACGAUAUUGAUAAUACUGGUGGUGCUGAAAACAGAACUGAAUGUCCUGGAUAUGGUAACACUGACUCUAAUGCCGACUUUGACUUUGAUGACCUUACCAAAAGAUUCGAUGCUCUUAAAAAAUUUUAA